CUCAAAAAACAUUUAAUAUCAAAACAUUAUUCAAAACAUUUCCAGAAAAGUUAAAAAAAACAAAAAUAAAAUUCGUGGUCUUGGAUACUUUUUACGCGUAUUUUAAUAUCAUUAGGUUGUCGGAUCAACUGUAUUCGAAGAAGAAGGUAAAAAUUCCAAAAUGGCCGCCGGUGAUGGGGUGAGAAAAAGUGUUUGGGAGAAUGAAAUUCAGUGGGAAGCAAGAAAAGAAUUUAUAGAAGCAAACAGAGGAACAAUUCCUAUUGAACAGCUGGAUGCUUUAUCUAUGGUUUGGGCAAAUAUGAAAUUUCUCGGCUGUAGAUACCCAGGACCUACAGAGGAAAGAGUUCAACAGCUCGAAGCCGGUUGUACUAGAGCUAUGGAUAUUCCCGCUGAAAUAAAACGAAAACAAGACGAAGGGAAUAAAAAGCCACUCAUUAAAGGCCUUACUCUUUAUGUCCGAGACUCUGCAGGACCGGAAAACCCUAUAUGUUUGCUACAUGGCAAUGCACAAAGAGCUAAAAUGACUAUAGAAUUUCAAGAGUUAGGACUAAAAGAUGGCUUUUUCAGUUGUGCUGUUGUCAUUAACUAUAUUUUAGUAGCCACAGGACAAGCAUCUACCAAGAAAGAUGCCAAACGUACAUGUGCGGAACAAGCGGUAAAGAUACUUCGAGCAUGUCAGCCAGUUGUCGACGAACUACUGUUACAUCAAAAAGCACAAGUUAUAGAAAAGGACCACUUAGCAUCAGGGAAAAAAGUAGACGCCCCAAGAAUCUCUGAAAAUAACCUUGGCAAUCAAAUGUUACGGAAAAUGGGUUGGACGGGGGGAGGGUUGGGGUCGCAAGGGAAAGGGCGUGCAGACCCAGUGUUAGUAGAUGAGACACAAGGAAGGCAGGGGCUUGGGAAAGACAUCACAGAUGAUGGGGUUAAUAAGGUCUCGGUAAAGAACACUGUUCGAAAUUUUAUCAUGGACAAUCACAGGAAAGAGCUAAGGUUUUCCAGCGACUUAUCCAAGGAGGAUCGUGCAAUUGUGCACAAAAUAUGUCAACAGCAUGGGUUGCGACAUAAAUCAUUUGGUACAGGAGAAGGCAGAUACCUUGUCAUUAGUAAACAAUAGUUGACAUGUUAUGUCAAUAGUAAACAGUAACUAAGGUGUAUUAUAUGUAUAUUAAUAAAAUAUGUAUUUUGUG